AUGCUCAUCAUUGAGCAUGUGCUCUACACCCCGCUCAGCCCGCCUCGGACUCCUCUUGAAUCGGAUGGAAUCGAAUACAAUGACCUUGGAUGUAAGGCAUGGGUUUCGAGACAUACCAAUGUUUAUUAUAACCAACAGAGCAAACCCAGCCCUUCAAACUGUCUGUCUCUUCUCCUCACAAAUCAUCAAAUUUUGACCGAGACUCGGGUGAUCAUUGGACGCAUGAAGGUCGACUAUAUUCUUGACAUAUCAGUCAAGGAUGACUUGCUCCUCUUUCUGACAUGGCUGUCGGUACCAUGUCUCACAACCCACAUAUCGACCCUGUACGCGAAUGUGCGUCUUUUUGGUCACAUCAUCGAGAUGCGCACCAUCCGUAACCAACUCGGCGAUGGCGGCCGGCGAGGCUUCCACUGGUCCUUCUAUGCGGCAUUAGAGCGAUUCCUCCGCUAUGGUCCCGUGGGAGUAAAAAAGGGCAAAGAGGAAGCCGAGUCUUCUCAAUAUCCUCGAGACACGAAGGAAUUCGAGGACCGGGGAAUUCUGAUCGAUACACUUGUUCUCGACUUCCAGUCUGCGGAACUAGAACUUUUCUUCCCACCAGAAGAUGUCACAUACAAGCAUUGGUCGGGGCGGCAUUGGGGUCGUGAUCGGGGAGACCAGAGCGAGACCUCAGAGACAUUGUCAUCAUAUAAAACGCGCCCGGAGUGGCUCUGUGAAUAUCUGGAGACCUGGGUAAGCGGUCUUCUUUAUAUGGGUUAUCAUACUUCCGAAUUCGGGAAGCCUAUCUAUGAGCGUAUUGGGACGAUCCGGAUGCUUGUUGAUGGACAAUCAUAUGGUGAAUUUGAUCUUGCAGCUUGGUUAGCUCGCCUACGUUUUACCGAGUCUGGACUUUGGAAAUGGAAAAAAGAGACAUUGCUGAGAAGGGAGGCCCAAGGGUUUCCCGUGAUAUGGCCAUCGGAUGAUGAAUCAGGAUGA